UCUGCUUGCGCCUGCGACUGAACUGCACUGAGAGAGAGAGACACCUGCACAGAGAGAGAGAGAGACACGUUCCUAUACAGAGAGACAGAGAGAGAGCUAUUCAGAGAGAGAGACAGAGAGACAGAGAGACCGAGAAAGAGACACUUGUCCAGAGAGACAGAGAGUUUAUUCAUAUAUACGCUACUUUUUACAGUUCACUACAGAACAGCAGAAAGAACCAUGGCGAAGAGCCAGUGUGCCAGAGACCUGGAGAAGAUAACCCCUGAGCAGAGAGACCCAACAUCCAGAGGGCUCGACCAGGGCAAAAUCCAGGAGGCUGAUUGGGCCACGAAGAAAAAGAAGCUGAUGCAGAAGGCAGAACAGCUGGAGAAGGAAAGAGAGAGGCUGAGAAUGAUGAAGCUGAUAGAUAAAGAGCAGGUGGGAGAGAAGACUGAGCCAAUGAAGGUGAAGGAGGUCCAGAAAGCAAUGGAAGAGCUUCAGGAGAAAGAGACCGAAAGAAGAGACAGAAUCCUGCAGGCCUGGACUGUAGCAGGCAAAGAAUGGGAUGAGGAGAAAAUGAAGCUGAAGCAGGAGAUAGAACAGCUGAAGAAAGAAGGAGAGAAGCUCAGAACGAGUAAGAAGAGCGAUGAAAAGCAGAAUGGAGAGCAGAGGGAUCUCAAAGAAAUGAGAGAGGCCCACAAGAGACAAAUGGAACUGCUUCAGACGACAGAGACGGAAAAAAGAAGCAGAAUCCUGAAGGCCUGGACUGUAGCCAGUGAUGAAUGGAAGGAGAAGGAAAAGAAGAUGAAGCUGGAAAUAGAACAGCUGAAGAAAGAAGGAGAGAAGCUCAGAACUGGCAAGAAGAAAGAUGAAGAGCCGACGGGAGAGGUGAAGGAUCUCUUAGAAAAGAAAGAGGUCGAGAAAGCAUUCAAACUUCUUCAGAAGAAAGAAACUGAAAGAUGUGACAGAAUCCUGAAGGCCUGGACUGAAGCCAGUAAAGAAUGGAAGGAGGCAGAAAAGAAGAUGAAGCUGGAAAUAGAAAAGCUGAAGAAAGAAGGAGAGAAGCUCAGAACUGGCAAGAAGAAAGAUGAAGAGCAGAAGGGAGAGGUGAAGGAUCUCUUAGAAAAGAAAGAGGUCCAGAAAGCACUAGAACAGCUUCAGAAGACAGAUAAUGAAAGAUGUGACAGAAUCCUGAAGAGCUGGACUGAAGCCAGUAAAGAAUGGAAGGAGGAGAAAAAGAAGAUGAAGCUGGAAAUAGAACAGCUGAAGAAAGAAGGAGAGAAGCUCAGAACUGGCAAGAAGAAAGAUGAAGAGCCGACGGGAGAGGCGAAGGAUCUCUUAGAAAAGAAAGAGGUCGAGAAAGCAUUCAAACUUCUUCAGAAGAAAGAAACUGAAAGAUGUGACAGAAUCCUGAAGGCCUGGACCGAAGCCAGUAAAGAAUGGAAGGAGGCGGAAAAGAAGAUGAAGCUGGAAAUAGAACAGCUGAAGAAGGAAGGAGAGAAGCUCAGAACUGGCAAGAAGAAAGAUGAAGAGCAGACAGGCGAGGUGAAGGAUCUCUUAGAAAAGAAAGAGGUCCAGAAAGCAUUCGAACUUCUUCAGAAGAAAGAGACUGAAAGAAGGGAUGGAAUCCUGAAGGCCUGGACUGAAGCCAGUAAAGAAUGGAAGGAGAAGGAAAAGAAGAUGGAGCUGGAAAUAAAACAGCUGAAGAAAGAAGGAGAGAAGCUCAGAACUGGCAAGAAGAAAGAUGAAGAGCAGAAGGGAGAGGUGAAGGAUCUCUUAGAAAACAAAGUGGUCCAGAAAGCAUUCAAACUGCUUCAGAAGUCAGAGUAUGAAAGAUGUGACAGAAUCCUGAAGAGCUGGACUGAAGCCAGUAAAGAAUGGAAGGAGGCGGAAAAGAAGAUGAAGCUGGAAAUAGAACAGCUGGAGGAGGAAGGAGAGAAGCUCAGACUGAUGAAGCAGAAAGAUGAAGAGCAGUUGAGAGAGCUGACUGAGCUCAAGAAAACAAUAGAGCCCUCCAUGAAAGAGAUCCGUGAAUUGAAGGAAAAGAUGGAGAUGCUGAUGAAAGAAAGAGAGAAGGAGAUGGAAAAGAUGAUAGAAGAGAGAGAGAAUGACAAGAAGAAGAUUGAAUUGAUGAUGAAAGAGAAGAAGGAGAUGGAAAAGAGGAGGAGCGAGAGAAAGAAAAGGAAGGAGAUGGAAAAGAGGAUGAAGGAGACUGAAGCCAAGGUGUUGAAGGAGGAAAAGAAGAAGAAAGAGCAGAAAGAGAAGGAGGAGAGAGAGAUGGAGGAGAUGGUGCAGAAGAUGGAGGCACUAACCCUUGGUGAUGUGACUGAGUGGCAAAGGACUCAGCUAAAGAUGAGGAGGAGAAGAAGAAGAGUUCCAUUAAACACUCUUUUCUAAAUCUCACUUUCUUUUGAUCUUUCU